CAUCGUCGUGGUGGGCAAUAUGCUGGUCAUAAUCGCCAUCACGACGGAGAAGGCCCUUAAGAACAUCCAAAACUGGUUCAUAGCCUCGUUGGCGGUGGCCGACUUCUUCCUCGGCCUCGUUAUCAUGCCCUUUUCCCUGGCUAACGAACUGAUGGGUUACUGGAUAUUCGGACCGUGGUGGUGCGACAUACAUAGUGCCAUGGACGUGCUUCUGUGUACGGCGUCGAUCAUGAACUUGUGCCUAAUCUCGUUGGACAGGUACUGGAGCAUCACUCAAGCGGUCGAGUAUCUGAAGAAACGUACACCCGUCAGGGCCAUCGUGAUGAUUGCCGCCGUUUGGAUUCUCUCCGCCCUCAUCUGCAUACCGCCACUUCUCGGCUGGAAAGUGGAGCGGGCACCGGACGAACAAUAUCCAAAAUGCCAGUUGAGCGAGGAACUGGGCUACGUGUUGUACAGUGCGCUGGGGUCGUUUUACAUACCGUCAUGUAUAAUGGUCUUUGUCUACAUCAGGAUAUACUACGCGGCCAAAGCGAGGGCAAGAAGAGGCAUCCGAAAACCACCCCGUCAACGUGCGCAGGACGCCGUCACCAGUUUUUCAAAUCCUGGAGAAGUGAAAAACGGCAAUAGCGGGGUGGUGAGCGGCGGUGGCGGCUGUUCGGGAACCGCGGGCGGUUCCAUGGUCGAUCGCAACAGCAAUAACUCUCCGCGGGACGGCAACGACGACCGACAGAUUGCCACCAUCGAGUCCCAUCCCAGGCCGAUGCCCAUACCGACCGUCACGUGCGACCUGGCCUCGGACAUCUCGACGAGCGACGCCGGCGAACUCGCCCCCGAUCCCAACGAGCAGAAGGACACCCUCAAGGUCUUCGGGCAAUCGGCCCCGCAGGUGGUCCGCAACCCGCUGGCCCAGUGCCAAUUCCGCGGCUCGACGCUCUCGGUGAACGGGGAGCUGCAGCAACAAGCCGCCGCCAUGGCCCGCGCCCGUCAGCCGUCGAUGGGCAUCGACACCGACAUGGUCAGCGAGUUCGACCCCAGCAGCUCCGAUUCCGGCGUCGUGGCGCAGUGCACCGCCGUCAAACCCCUCAAACUCAGACUGUGCAAACCGAUAUUCGGCCGUGCGAAAAGUGCAUCGAAAAGCCACAGGACCGAGGAGAAAAAGACUCGCAAGAAGAGCGAGAAAGUGCAACAGGAACACGUGGUGCCGCGAGUGCAAAAACCCAGGGAUCCGGAACGCGAGAAACGUCGCAUUGCCAGGAAGAAGGAGAAGAGGGCGACCCUGAUUCUCGGACUCAUAAUGGGAUCGUUCAUCGCCUGUUGGUUGCCGUUCUUCUUCAUGUACAUACUGAGACUGGCCUACCACAUUCCGGGCAUCGCUUUCAGCACCGUCUUCUGGCUCGGAUACAUGAAUUCGGCGCUGAACCCGGUGAUCUACACGAUCUUCAACAAGGACUUCCGACGCGCGUUCCGCCGGAUACUGUUCAAGUGAUGUUUGGCGUACGUGUGCUGCUACGAGUGCGUCUCGCGUAAAAUACGCACGGCGCAGCACCGCAGCGCACCGAGCGCCCUCUACAGACACUGAUCGGCCAAUCGUAACGCUUACGAGACGGCGCGAAAUUCGAAUUCAUAAAUUUAAUUAUGUUACUAUUAACAUGCGGUUCCGAUUAUUAGGAUUCCGUGGACGGUUUUUCAGUUGUCAUGGUUUGUAUAUUAUAAUAACUAAUUAAACACCAAUUAAUAGUUGAAAAAAGGGGGAUAGCUUUAAGAUACGUAGGUAUUUGAUUCUUUAUAUACAAUACAUUUAUUAACAAUUAGGUAUAGAUUGCUCUGAAAGUUUAAU